CACUCACAGUAUUUUUGGCCACGCCUUACGUUGUUAUCCUGUCUAGUCGCAACCUGUUAACUGCUUGGAAAGAUUUUGACAGAAAUUCAUCAUGCCUAUUCGAACAGCUGUCCGUUAUAUUAGUGCCCCAAUAAGAUAUAUUUUGAGACCCUCAACUACCACCUCAAACCGGGGCUAUGCAGCUAUCGCCGAGGCUAGAACGGUGCUGGAGCAUGAACUUGAAACGAUCCGAACUGGUGGAACGUGGAAAGGAGAAAGAAUAAUCACGUCCAAGCAGGGUCCUCAUAUCAACGUGGACGGCAGUCAUGGCGACAUAUUGAAUUUCUGCGCAAACAACUAUCUGGGCCUCUCCAGCCAUCCCCAGGUAGUGGAGGCAGGGAUUGAGGCCUUGAAGAAGUAUGGUGCUGGGCUGAGCUCAGUGAGAUUCAUCUGUGGCACACAGGACAUUCACAAAGAUCUGGAGCAGAAGCUGGCUCAGUUCCAUGAGCGUGAGGACUGCAUCCUAUAUGCCAGCUGUUUUGACGCCAACGCAGGGCUAUUUGAGGUUCUGUUGGGCCCUGACGAUGCAGUUCUUUCUGAUGAGCUGAAUCAUGCCUCUAUUAUUGAUGGGAUCAGAUUGUGUCGGGCCAAGAGGUUCAGAUAUAAACACAUGGACCUGAAUGACUUGGAGACCCAGCUGAAAGAGUCCCAGUCAUCUCGUCUACGCCUUGUUGUCACGGAUGGUGUGUUCUCCAUGGAUGGUGACAUGGCUCCAUUGAAGGGGAUCUGUGACCUGGCAGAGCAGUAUGGAGCCAUGGUCUUCAUUGACGAAUGCCAUGCUACAGGCUUCAUGGGCCCACGAGGCAGAGGCACAGAUGAGCUCCUGGGAGUGAUGGACAGGGUUCACAUUGUCAACUCUACUUUGGGAAAAGCACUGGGAGGUGCAGCUGGUGGGUACACAGUGGGUCCUAAACCUCUGAUUGACUUGCUGAGGCAGCGCUCUCGUCCGUACCUGUUCUCCAACUCCCUACCCCCUCCUGUCGUGGGCUGCGCUACCCGGGCUGUCGAGCUGCUCCUCGCUUCCAAUGAGAUUGCCCAGAGUGUCGGGGACAAAACCAUGAG